AAAGUGUCUUUACAUCAAGCUUCAAUCUGUUCGUUGCAAUGCUUUAAGCUCUAUUCGUCUGCGCUGAAGACAUCGCUUCGUGGACGGCAUUAUUUUGAAAGAUAUCCGCCAUGCUGGUGUCGCGGGUGCCAUGGUGCUCGCUCUGCCGGGGGGCACUGCGGCGGGCUACCGGGACAAGUCCCGGCCCAGCAGUGUCUGGCCGUCGGUGGCUUUCGCAAGACGUAAUUAAAGAGUUCGAGACCAUCUUUGGACCCAAGAAUGUGAGCACCACCGAAGCCAUCAAAGAGCAGCACAGCCGCGACGAAGGGCCACACACGCCGGCACCCCCGGACGUCGUCGUCUUCGCCAAGGACACCAGCCAGGUGAGUCAGACGGCGAAGCUGUGCUAUAAGAAGGGGAUUCCACUGACGGCAUUCGGCAGCGGCUCCGGCCUCGAAGGCGGCGUGAACGCCGCGAAGGGUGGCGUCUGCAUUGACGUCUCCCAGAUGGACAAGAUGGUCGAGCUUAACGCCAGUGACUUCGACGUGGUCGUCGAGCCGGGCCUGACGUGGCGCAACCUUAACCAGCAGAUUCGCGACACCGGCUUGUGGUUUCCCGUCGACCCGGGCGCCGACGCCUCGCUGGGCGGCAUGUGUUCCACCAGUGCGUCGGGCACCAACGCCGUGCGCUACGGCACGAUGCGCGAGAAUGUCCUCAACUUGGAGGUUGUUCUCCCAGACGGCACGGUGAUUUACACGGCGGGCAAGGGGCGGCGCACGCGCAAGACAUCGGCGGGCUACAACCUGACCAACCUGUUCGUCGGCUCCGAAGGCACGCUCGGCAUCAUCACGCAGGCCACACUGCGACUUCACUCGGCACCACAGGUGGUCGUGGCGGCCGUGGUUCCCUUCCCGACCACAACGGCGGCCGUCGAGGCUGUGGUGCAGACGCUGCAAUGCAACGUCCCCGUGGCCCGCAUCGAGUUCCUGGACGAGCACACCAUCACGGCCUGCAACAAAUACAGCAAGACAGACUAUAAGGUGACGCCUACCCUGUUCCUCGAGUUCCACGGUUCCUCGGACGAAGCCGUGAGAGAGCAGGUGGACAUAGUGACCGAGAUUGCGCACGGUAACGGCGCAUCGGAGCUGCACUGGGCGCGCGAGCCCGAGGAGCGCAGCAAGCUCUGGAAGGCGCGGCACGCCAUCUUCUACGCCACGUGCGCCCUGCGCCCGAACACGCGGUGCUACGUCACCGAUGUGUGCGUGCCCAUUUCGCGGCUUCCGGCGCUAGUGGCGGCCGCCAAGGAGGACAUCGAUCAGCACGGCAUCGUGGCCACCGUCGUGGGCCACGUGGGUGACGGCAACUUCCACACCAUGAUGCUGUUCGACCCGCAGGACCCAAAAGACACCGCCAACAUCUUCGACGUGGCUCACAAAUUGGCCAGCAGGGCUCUGGACCUGAACGGUACGUGUACAGGAGAACACGGUAUUGGUAUCGGCAAGCGUGGCCUGCUGGUCCGAGAGGUUGGCGAAAGCGGCGUUCAACUCAUGCGCACACUCAAGAACGCCGUCGACCCGAAGGGCAUCAUGAACCCGGGGAAGUUGUUUCUCUAGAGACUUGCCCUCGUGGGCCACUCGGUAUAUCUCAUCCUGCCGGCAAAUGCACCUCGCGCCACGAUGGGUGUAUCAAAGUCACUGCGGCGAUCGUUCUUGACUACAGGGAUCCAUCAUGUCAACCGUCUGCGUGAGCGAGAAACGAGGCGCGUCACUAUUAGAAACGGUUGAGACAAAUGGCUGGGCGCUAAAAUUUGGUUGCUUUAAAUUGAUCGUCUUUUUUUCUCAAUUUUCUGGUUUUAGAUUUUAUGUAAAUGCAGGGGAAAAGGAGGAAGAGACCGUUACGUAUAGUUUGUGACGUACUUAUCCAUAGACGAAAGUGCUUAUGUGCUUGCCAUCUUUGUCGGUGGUGCGAAGCCCCUACGGGUCAUGUCUUCAAAAGAAAAAACGAAGCCUUGAUUCACCUGUCUAUCUGUUAACUGGAAGGUCAUCUACCUUACAUAGGUGUUAUUUUCAGAUAUAUUCUAAAAGCCUGUUGCUGACUUACGAACUUGUCUUGUACGUAAUCGUAGCCUGUUAUUGAAUUUCUAAGGUACGUACAAAUACCUUUUUCGUUAAUAUAUGGAGCCGUCUCAAGCUAGUCGUCUUCUUCGUGUCGCAGGACAUAAAUACAUGAUCAAAUGUAUAUACGGUUGUUGUAUUAUAUCGAGAUUUUCCCAACCACAAGAAAAUCAGAGUGUGAAGUUGCUGAAAAGUAUUAGCAAAGCCCAUCUUUGAUAAAAAAGCGGGUAUGGGCAUGUCUCGAGCCUAUGUUUGCUUGAUUUCCUCAGCGUCAUGCUCAGUCAGGUAGUUUAAGUACCUAUCAUAAUGUUUCGUGAGUGCCCGUGACUCCUCUCAUGUGACAAGGCGUAGGCAGUAGUCAAUUUAUUUAUAGCAGGUCUUGAGAAACGAUUAUCUGUGUAAAUAUUUUGCGGUAAAGUUCCAAAUGCAAUGUUGUCCUUUGUAUAGCAGUAUUUUAUUAAUGCCAACGAAGCCUUAGCAAAUACGUCCGUGGUGUGUAUACAAAAUUGUGAUGUUAAAACUAUCGAUAACAAUACGCAACUAUGCAAUUCAUUCGACCGUACACGGAUGCAAGUAGAAAAAAAUAGAAAGGAAACUAGUCUUUCGUUUUACUGUGAUGACAAUUGCAUAACUGUUAUGUUCCAGAAUGCUCCAGUAAACUACUCCUCAUGGCGUAAUUAAGAUAUUAGGUUAACAAGUAAAUAAAUUGGUUACAGUCCGAUUCCAUGUGUCAGCGGCAAGUGCAAUAACCUGGCAUGAAACGCUGCCUGUGCUGUUACACAGUUGUCGCAAGUAAGUGGUUCAUUUACAUACAAAAUGUAUCCUCGACACCGUUAGCUCUCCACAAAUAGCCACCAAAGAAACGAAACAACACGAAUACAAUUAUUUUGGAAAUCACACCAUUUGAGUGUACUUUUAGGUUGUUUCAUUCUGCGCAGUACGAAUAAAUGCGUUCAUCCACAUAAAA